AUUUACCGACAGUGAGCAAGCAGCAAGCAAUGGAGUCCACCGCAUACAAACAGGCGGCGAUCUCUUUUAAAAACCUAAAUGACGAGUGGAAAGUGAAACCGAGGAAUCUGGACAAGAUAGGGCAGAUUUUGUCAAGGUUAAAGGUGGAAUUGACUCAACUCGUCUUCCUUCCCACUGAUCAGACUACUGCCUCCGAGAAAUGUCUCCUCCUCGCUCGGGAUACCUUGGAAAUUGGAGCACAAUGGAGUAUUGCCAAGAAAGACAUCCCUGCCUUCGAGAGAUACAUUGCCCAGCUUAAACCAUAUUAUUUGGACUAUGGCAAGCACGGAGAUGAGAACACUGGUCUUCUGGAGUCCCCGUACAAGUAUCAGCUUCUGGGGUUGAACCUUCUGUACCUGCUCUCGCAGAACCGAGUGGCUGAGUUCCAUACUGAGUUGGAGCUGCUUCCACCAGACCAAAUCCAUAAUGCAUACAUUAAACAUCCGCUUUCCAUUGAGCAGUACUUAAUGGAAGGCCGUUACAAUAGGAUUUUCUUGGCCAGGGAUAAUGUUCCACACCCUGACUACUCCUUCUUUAUGGAGAUUUUGCUCUCAACUGUCAGAGAUGAAAUUGCUGCAUGCAUGGAGAAGGCUUAUGAGCGAAUCUCAAUGCCUGAGGCAGCAAAAAUGCUUUACCUCUCUUCAUUGGAAGACGCCAAGACUUAUGGCAGACAGCGAAACUGGAAUUUGAAAUUGGACAACUUCUACUACUUUGAUGCAAUUGAAGAGAAGAAAACAGAGGACCACCAUAUGCCAUCUAAGGAGCUGUCUGAGCAGUUCAUUGAGUACGCACGCGAGCUGGAAACAAUUGUCUAACCUUAACAUUAAGCUAUAUACUUUGUAUUUAAAGUCAACUCUUUGAAACAAGUUCUUUGGGUUUAGAAUUUAA